AUCUGUCUCCGGUGCGUGAGCGCGCGCCGCAAUUCUGAUCGGCGCGCGGAUGAUGAUGAUGAUGAGAGCGUGACCUCACUGCUUUUCUGCACAGCUGCUGGAGGAGGAGGAGGAGGAGGAGGAGGGAGACACACAGAGGGGAGAGAGAAAGCGAGAAACAGAAACACGUUGAGGGGAGACAGAGAGAGAGAGGUGGAGAACAGCGGAGAACAUUCACAACACGGGGGUAAACUGCUCGGCGCACGGGGACUGUCGCGGGGCGUCCGUUGGCUGCCUCCCAGAAUGUUCUGUGCCCCCGGUCCAUUUCUACGGUACACGAACCAGUCGCCGCGGCGUCCCCACGGACACUGAAGCCCAGAUGCUUACCCUCUCCGCCGACAUGGACGAGUCUUCGUCGCUGCUGGAUCUGCUGGAGUGCUCGGUGUGCCUGGAGCGCCUGGACACCACGGCCAAGGUGCUGCCGUGCCAGCACACCUUCUGCCGCCGCUGCCUGGAAAACAUUGUCAGCUCCCGGAACGAGCUCCGCUGCCCGGAGUGUCGCAUCCUGGUGGACUGCGGGGUGGACGACCUGCCGGCUAACAUCCUUCUGGUUCGCCUCCUGGACGGUAUCAAGCAGCGGCCCCAGAGAGGGAGCGGAGGAGGAGUAGGAGCAGGCGGCAGGCAGUCCCUGGCUGGGGGCUCGCUGCAGGGGUACGCAGCCGGGAUAUCCGCUUCUCCCCCGGGCAGUGCGAUCAGAGAGCUGCCCGUAGCCAUCAGGAGCUCCCCUGUUAAGACCCUAACAACUGGUCUCCCCAUCGCUGCCCCUCGCUUUUCAAAGAAUAUCCCGGCGCUGCCGUGUGGUAAAGCCCUCUACUCCUACGAAGGAAAAGAACCGGGCGAUCUCCAAUUUUCCAAGGGUGACAUCAUCAUCCUGCGACGCAAGGUGGAUGACAACUGGUACCACGGCGAGCUCAACGGUUGCCAUGGUUUCUUGCCUGCUAGUUACAUCCAGUUGCUGCGUCCGCUGAGCCAAACUCCACCCCAGGGCAAAGCACUGUACGACUUUGAGGUCAAAGAUAAAGACCAGGAUAAAGACUGUCUGGCCUUCAGCAAGGAUGAGGUUCUGACUGUAAUCAGGCGAGUGGACGAGAACUGGGCAGAAGGCAUGCUGGGAGACAAGAUUGGCAUCUUCCCCAUUCUCUAUGUGGAGUUAAAUGAAACAGCCAAGCAGUUGAUGGAGAUCGACAAACCCACACCAACUAACGUUCCAGGUCCGAGCUCUGAACCAGCCCCAUUGGGGCCCUGCGUUCCUGGCCCCUGCGCUCCUGGCCCCUCCCCCUGCGCCUCCCCGUCCAAUGGAAAUGGCUCUGGCCAUCGGAGAGGUGAAGGGAAGAAAAACGCCAAGAAGAGGCAUUCGUUCUCUGCGCUGUCUGUCAGCCAGAGGGCCGCCCAGCUUAACAACAGACACAGUAUGGAGAUCUCCCACCCGGUCCUCAUCAGCUCCUCUGACCCCAGAGCCGCUGCACGCAUCCAGGAUGCAUCUCACCCAGGUCCCUCUCCCUCCUCGGCAGGGGUACUGGUGCCCCCAAAAGUGGCAUCUAUAACCUCUGAGCUGCUGGCCCAUGCCAAGGUGCAGCUGCCACUCAACAUAUAUCUGGCUCUGUACGCCUACAAGCCCCAGAAGGCCGACGAGCUUGAACUUAGGAAAGGGGAGAUGUAUCGGGUGACAGAGAAGUGUCAAGAUGGGUGGUUCAAAGGCACCUCGUUGAGAACUGCUGCCUCCGGUGUCUUCCCAGGAAACUACGUCACCCCUGUGUCCAGGGCUCCAUUUGGAGUCGGUGGUUCUCGAGGCUCAGGUUUGUCCAGUCCAGUAGGUGGAGGAGGCAGUGGGUGCAGUCAGGCGGGGAGUAAAAUCUCCAACCCUUCGUCCCCAGGGUCCCCAGGGCCCUCUUCUCCCCGUCCCUCCACCCCACUGGUAAACUCAGCCAACUCUGUCAACACCGUCAGUCCAGCCUCCUCGCCACAAACUGCUGCCGCCCAGCUGAAGAACUGCCUGCGCUCCAGUCAGCAGACCGUUAACCAGGCACGCACCUCAAUGCAGCUGGUUCACAGUCCUCCUGCGGGAAGCCCAGAGCGUCCCACAGUGGCAAUCUCCCCCCUGCGCCCUCAGAGUUCCUCCCCCUCACGCUGCCCCGGCCAAUCGGGUCGUCCUCUCUCCAUGGUGUCUCCGGGACCCAGCUUAGGACCUUCACCCCUCUCCUCUCCAGCCUCGCGGCCCCUCCUGCCCCUCUCCUCCCCUCUCUCCUGCCUCACGCCUCCUAACGUGUCAGCAGUGCUCCUCAACGGGGAGCCAGCCAGUCCCCUGCAGCCGCCAUUGCCGGGCCCCUCCCACGCCCCCAGCCAGGGUGGCCUCGUUCCCAAAGCAGAGAAGGAGAGGAAAGCAGGAGGUCUAUUAAAGCUCUUGUCGGGGGCGGCAGCCAAGAAGAAACCUCGCUCACCUCCCUCCUCCCCGCCCACCCACGACCCCUCAUUGGCCGGGCAAGGCGCCGUGGCCACCGACCCUGGGCACCAUCCUCAUCACCAUCACCACCACGCCCGCUCAGGUUCCUGUCCGAUGGCAUCACAGGGGCGAGCCGGCUCCUGUCCAAUCGAGAGUGAUAUGGCAGGGGCCAUCGGACUGGAGCCUCUGCACAGGAAGUCAGGCUCCCUGGACACCAAUUUCCCCAGGUCGCCUCCGGCAACACGCACUGGCAACGCUCUGAUGGUCCUCCGGCCUGAACCCAAACCCCUGUCCAGAGAAAGGUAUCGCGUGGUGGUGCCCUACCCGCCCCAGAGCGAGGCGGAGAUCGAGCUGCGGGAAGGGGACGUGGUGUUUGUCCAUAAGAAGAGAGAGGACGGCUGGUACAAAGGCACCCUGCAGAGGACAGGACAGACCGGCCUGUUUCCCAGCAGCUUCGUCGAGAGCUUCUGAGCUGGAAAAAGUGGACAAAAGAACACAUACUGUUCCUGUUUCUGAGUCGCAAAACACACACACACACACACACACACACACAGCUACAUACGUACACAAAAGGUUGGGCCGACAUUGGUUUCCCAGAAUUACACUUUUGUAUUAAAAACGCUGCUUACCCUGAGAAAAAGGAAGUCUGGAUUUGUAGUUUCACCUGAUGAUCAAAAUGCGUUUUCCCCAAAAAAAGAAAACACUGGAAUAAAAAUAAUUCAACUAAAAGCUACUGGCACAAAACAUAAUUAAUAGUAGUUGUUUUCAGAGAAACCAAUAUCGGUCCAAGUAAUUCACACACACACACACACACACACACACACACACACACACACACACACAAUAGGAAAGCUAGCCCUGGCUCCGACCAGCCACACAGGGAGCAGGGCAACCUUUCCUGUCAUUCGCCCGGGGACAGCGUUGGGGUCAGAGGGGCUUCACCAGAUCUGUUGUCUGGACCCGUAAUGUUGACUACUGAAACCGCACAGACUCAAAGAGCACAGAAAGACAAACCCUGCCUCCCAGUUCUCCUCCUUGGCAUCAUCCACCAGCAAACACUAGCACAAAAAGCAUUAGCUCUGCUUUCCACUGAGACCUCAGAACUUGAAUUCGGGUGCUUUCUUUGUUUGAAAAGUGAGGAUUUAUCACCAGGUGAAGAGGGAAGUGUGUCCAGGAUCAUUGUAAGCACAUCUCCGUGUCUAGUUUGUGACAACAACCUCUAGUUUCUUAACAACACGAUAUAUGUUAAUAACAAUGCAUGUAGCAUUAUUAUGUUGUUUUUUUUAUAUAUAUAUAUAUAUGUUGAAAUAGAUGUUUGUGUUGUCCCAAACUAGUCAUGCUGUGAUGAUCAGUCACAGGAAUUGUAAUUUAAAAACAAAUGGUGCAAAAAGUAAAAUAUUAUUUAGGCGAUUCAUUUUUCUAUUUAUAUAUCCUGCAUACAUUUUCACACCCAUUUUUCAAAUUUAAAAUCUGUCCUUUAUAGACCACCCAUAGCUGGGUUGAACUGCAUAAACUGGCCUGCUGAAUGUAGGAAGAAACUCCUUAAAGAACUGAUUUGUAUUGAUAAAGUUGUUUUGAUCUUCUAUGCGGGAUUAUAGCGACAAAAAAUGCACUUGGUAAUAUUUAAUACAACCUGCCAAUAUAUCUACAUAUACAGUAUUGUACACAAUCCGUUAUUAUUUAUUUGACAAAAGGAAUUUCUGUUGCUACUGGCAUUCUGUUUUAAGGUUGUUUUUUUUUCUUUAAGCAGGCACAAACUUCUUUGGUAGGACAAAGUAAUACAAAAUCUUAAUCCAGUCUUUUAAGAUUGAAGUAUUCCUAAACAAAGCAACCAAAAAUAUAGUUACCGGUACUAAUGCAGUUGGUCCUAGGAAACAUCUAUUGGAAAUACAAUACAUUAUUAUUAUUAUCACAAAGAUUGCUAACAGUAAUUCCUCUUCCUCAGCCUUUUCUUGAGGUACUGUUGAGAUUUUUUGUCAGACUACAGCAAUAUUGUGAAACCAAAAUGUGUGCAGAAUAGAUCCAGUGCUCACGGGACAAUGUACGAUCGAGGGGAAAACACCCGAAGUCAGAGGGCAGGGACACACGUUUUUCAUCACACAACUGCCAACCUUUGACAACAACUUUUCCUCUGAUAUUGUCAACCUUUAACAAGUAUUUUUGUACGGCUUCAGUGAGUGUGUAGUCGGUCUGCUUUGUGAAUCUCUACAUCCUGAGUGUGGAUCCAGGCUUGUGUAGUUUACAUCCACCCACAACCAUCUACCUUUUUUCCCUGUUUCUGGAGAUAGAAGCACAGCGAAACUCAGACCUUGACUGGCUAACUGUGUGUGUGUGUGUGUGUGUGUGUGUGUGUGUGUGUGUGUGUGUGUGUGUGUGUGUGUGUGUGUGUGUGUGUGUGUGUGUGUGUGUGUGUGUGUGUGUGUGUGUGUGUGUGUGUGUGUGUGUGUGUGUGUGUGUGUGAGAGAGAGAGAGAGGUUAAGGGGAUUUUAAUACCGGCCUAUGUAUCAGUGAAAGUUAAAGGGCAUGAAUAGAUUUCCUUACCUGCUUGAGCCAGAAUGAAGCACAAACAACUGCUGGCCAUGUGCACGAAGGUGAGGCUCACUCAUUGGCUGAGCACACACAACGUCUAACUGGGUCAUUACCAGGUGAGAGUGUGCCAUUGGCUAACCACACUUCAGCGCAUUCACGUCAUAUGGGAAUGACAAAUGCGAAAUUGUACUUAUGUGAUGCGACAUGGCUUGUUUUUUUUGGUUUUUUGUCUUGUUUUGUUUGUUUUUUUUGCACUGCAUCAGUGAAAAUCUUCUCAGAGUCAACAAAACGCUGAGUGUCAAAACAGUUUGGAAACUUCUGUCAUGUCUUAUUCCCAUAUGAUGUGGCUGCGGAAUAAACACUUAGAUGGGAGACUCUGCAACGAGCUCUCCACAGACGUGCAGACAACAAGCACAAGACAGACAAAAAAUCUGACUAAAAAGAAAACUCUCGCCCCCUUUUCCCCCAGAUUGUUAAAAGAAAAAAAAAUAAGAGUAGGAUUAAAAUGAAACUAUUUUUUGUCAGUUUUAAUGUUUUCAUGUUCACCUUAAACUUGAAGUGGAGGUGCGUUGUCACUGAGGAGACAAAAGUUUGGGGGGGGUUCCCCCUGCUGUUAGAUUUCGGGGGAAGGAACUCGACCCCGAUCCCUUAAACUGUGAAGAAAAGUGAUCAAAAACAUGUUAGGGGAAUAAACUUUACAAAGUACACACACACACACACACACACACACACACACACACACACACACACACACACACACAGUCACACAGUCACACAGUCAUUGCAGAGAGCAGCAUGCUCUGAGAUCCUCUCCUGGCUGCUGGCAGUGCAGCAUGGGUAAUCCUGUGCAUCUGGAGCAACAGAUGAAACCUAGAUUAAGAUUUUUUUUUUCCUCCAGCAGGUCACAGCUCAACUGGAGACUGUAAGCCACAUACUCAAACAUACAUAUAAAAGACUGACAAAUAUCACUUUCCAGCUAGAAUCCUGGAUAUGAAGCGGUUGGUUUGAUUAUUGUUCAACCUAUUUCACACAAGUGUACUAGACUAUGAUAUUUCUGUGACUUGUAUUUGGGUGUUUUGGUUCAGCCAAUGAAAAGUAAAUGUCAAAAUCUGUCAGAAGAUAUUAGUAAUUGGAAGCUUCAAUCUAAAAAUAUUUGCAUUGGCCUUCAAAACCUGUCAGUCAAACCCUGGUGCCUACAAAUGCCAACACACACACACACACACACACACACACACACACACACACACUAAGUAUUUACAUCAGGCAGGCCAAUCCGUCUUUAGUCUCUUCCUUUCUUUAAUAUCGGUACGACGAGCCUGCUAGUUGUUUUUUCUCAUAGCUCUGUUCUGUUUGACUCGAUGACAAAAACCAGCAGAUCCCAGAACAGCGCUGUUAAAAAAAAAAUCCCUUAUCUGUUUGUUGAACUACUAGAGGACUCUAAUUUCUACUGAGUCAAACUUAAGCACAAGUCCUCAUUUGUGUCUGAGAUCAACAGAUCUCAGCGCGUUUUCUGUUUUUUGCAUGAGGCUGAUGCUGUGAGGAGGAGGAAGAGUUUACAACAGUUGAAACAUCAGGAAUGAAACCACUGCACGGUGGUCACUUUACGUCAAAUAUCUUGAACAAAUGUUUUCAUGCCGUUUGUGGGGUUUUUUCCGUGAUGUAAGCUUGUUUUUUUGUCUCAGCUUCCUGUUUGUAAAUUCCACUUGACUCAACUCAUGGUGACGGGCUUGAAAAAUGUGAACAAGCCAUGAAGAGCGGUGGUAAUUUCCAUUGGACAUGAACGCAACAUGAAACAUACCAUUGUGUAUCCAGUUUUUCAUUGGACUUGAUAGGAAAUUACUGUUCACUCCCUUUUUUUUUGUCCUCCCAGGAAGCAUUCACCCUGCCAUCUUGAAUUAGAUGUCGGCCAUAUUUGUUCCUAUGGAUACUUGAGUGUUUGACUGUGUGUGUGUGUAUGUAUGGUGUGUGUGUGUGUGUGUGUGUGUGUGUGUGUGUGUGCGCGGGGAGGGGGGGGGGCCUCUGUAUGUAGCUCUUUACAUAAAAAAGGAACUUUAUGAAUAAGUUUGGUGCGGCAUCAUGCCUCAUCAGGCCUGUGUCGGGUUGAAGACAGCGGUACAGUGAGAGAAACAGAAAAGAAAAAAAAAGACAGUAUAUAUAUAAUUCUAUAUUGUGCAGAAUAUUUAUAGGCCUUUUGUGCCAUUGAAGUCAUGCUCUGCACUGGCCAUGCCCAGCGCUCUCUACCAUGUGAUCAUUAUACAUCGUCUUGUACUGAUGACCCGUGGCUGAUUUGAUUGUUUUUUCAUGUCAAGUGCAUUUUUCGCAAUAAAUGCCUUUGUUUUAAAA